AUUCUUUCAAGCCACAAGUCUCCGACAAUUCAACAAGGAACCAUUCACCCAACAGGCUCUCUGAAAACUUCUUCCAAUAUGAUGCAAAUCAAGUACUUGUUCGCCCUCUUCGCUGUCCUGAUGGUGGUCGUCCUGGGAGCCAAUGAGGUCGAUGCCGACUGCCUUUCCGGAAGAUACAAGGGUCCCUGUGCCGUCUGGGACAAUGAGACUUGCCGACGAGUGUGCAAGGAGGAAGGACGAGUCAGUGGUCACUGCAGCCCCAGUCUGAAGUGCUGGUGCGAAGGAUGCUAAGACAUCAGCGCUACAAAAACCGAA